AUUCCUUCUAUAUUUAUAUGAGUACAAUUCAUUGGCACAAUAUAGUUUCUCACACAAUAUGUCCCCCUUUAACAAGUAGGAGCUGCCACACUGCUUGCUCUGUACAGUAACAUGUCCCAUGUAGAAGUUACUGAGUCUGCACUGUCCCAAAGGCAAAAGCAUUAAGUAACUGAAAUAUAUUGUAACCCUGUCUGUAACCUGGCAGCUACCCAGCAUGCACUGCUCUCAGCCACUCACUCACUGUCAGUUCUAUUCAGUAACAAGUAGAAAGCAGUAAAACUCUGCAGGCAGAUCCACUGAGCUCUGUAAUCCCAUUUCCCUUUAUUCUGGUGCCCACAUGCGGCUGCUCCUGCACUGCCAGCUCUCCUGAUCUGCAUCUGCCCACCAGCAAUAUGGCCGCCUCUCUGGGGCAGGGACAACUCUGAGAGGGAAGCCAUUGUUUGAUUGGUCUGAAACCGAACCAGCUCAUUGGCUAAAGGGCGGAGCUGCCUUCCCAGGGGGAGGGGUGAGAGAUCUUUGUGCUUCUCUCUAGUUUCAGACCGGAUAGAAAAACGGGAGACUCCUUCCUGUAACUGCCUUAUUCUGUGUCCCUGGGCUGCUGGGUUCUCCAGAGAUGGAACCAAGGAGGUUAGAGGGGAAAUGGGAGAAUGAAGAGCCGGACACUGAGGAGCCUCUGCCCACAAUAAAGAGGGAAAUGGAUCCCGUUCCUGGGGCCGGUGAAGUGAAACCAGAAGUAUUACAGAUAAAAGCAGAGAAAGAAGAAAUGGGCCUUGAUGAUCAUCAGAACCAAACGAGAAACUCAGCAUUUCAGUUUAUUUAUGGGGAUAUUACUCUGAAGGCUGAAUGGAAUGCUGAAUGUGACACACCGUUUGUGAGGCCAUCGAAAGCAGAAAGUGCAGAAUUGGUGGAUUCUAAGCCUCCGGAUCCAGUACAGGAGGAGUCACAAGGCGGGGGCUUAUUGACAGGGCAAGUGGGAGAGACCAGUUUGGAUACUGAUCCCAUGGAUUGCUCUGAAUCACAAGCACUUGCAUGCAGGAAAUGUGGGAAAUGCCUCCUUGCGGAUAGUGAUCGUUCCACCCACCUCUGUGCUGCUACUGGGACCCCCCGUUCAGCCAGUACUCCCACAAAUGCAGACAAGGAACGUUCCACAUGUACCGAGAAAGAGAAUAUUCAUCAAGUUCCGACCACAAAGAAGCCUUUCCCAUGCCCAGAAUGUGGCAAAAGCUUCUCCUAUCGCUGCCACCUUAACAAACAUAUUAAAAUCCACACCGGGGAGAAACCAUUCAGUUGUUCUGAGUGUGGGAAAAGUUAUACCCAGAAGCACUGUCUGGAGAUUCACCAAAAGACUCACACCGGUGAAAGACCGUUUGAAUGUUUAGAAUGUGGGAAGACUUUCCCUCAGAAGAGCAAGCUCCGCAGCCACCAGAAAGUGCACACAGGGGAGAAACCAUAUACCUGCACAGAAUGUGGGAAAAGCUUCUCUCACAGUCACACCCUUCGCAAACACCAAAAGAUUCAUACUGUCCAAAAACCCUAUGUAUGUGUAGAAUGUGGGGAAAGCUUCAGCGACAACUCGGACCUCGUCUCACACGAGAAGAUGCACACCGGGGAGAAACCAUUCGCCUGCAUGGAAUGUGGGAAAUGCUUCGCCGAGAAGAACUGUCUUCGUAUCCACCUUAGAGUUCACACAGGGGAGAAACCAUUCACCUGCACGGAAUGCGGGAAAGGCUUCACGGUCAGAAGCAACCUUGUCAGUCACCUGAACCAUCACACGGGGGAGAAGAAAUAUAAAUGUACAGAAUGUGGGAAAAGCUACUUCCGGAAGGAUGCACUUGUGAAGCACCAGCUGAGUCACGCCGUCAAGGAGAAUCUCAAAUGUGCAGAAUGUGGGGAGUGUUUCUCCCAGGAGACGGUGUUUGUGGAGCACCAGAAGAGUCACAAAGGGAGGAACCCCUAUACCUGCACUGAGUGUGGGGAAAGCUUCUCACAGGAGCACCAUCUCCACCUACACGCCAUUACACACACCGGGGGAAACCCCUAUAGCUGCACUGAGUGUGGGGAAAGCUUCUCACAGGAGCACCAUCUCCACCUACACGCCAUUACACACACCGGGGGAAACCCCUAUACCUGCACUGAGUGUGGCAAGAGUUUCCGUGCCAAGAGCACCCUCCUCAAGCACCAGAAGCUGCACGUGGGGGACAAUCCUCACAAAUGUGCCGAGUGCGGCAAAAGCUUCCUGCUGAGGAGCGGUUAUAACAAACACAAGAAAACGCACACGGGAGUGAAGCCUCACACGUGCGCGGAGUGCGGGAAAAGCUUUGCCCAGAGGAGCCACCUCCUUACGCAUGAGAUGAUCCACAAAGGGUUAAAGCCAUUUAAGUGCUCGGAGUGUGACAAAAGCUUCUCCCUGAAGGGCACGCUGCAGGCCCACCUGACUACUCACACCAGGGAGAAACCCUACGCCUGCACUGUGUGUGGGAGGUGCUUUGCUCAUAGGAGCACCCUUGCAGACCAUGGGAAGCUUCAUUCUGGGACCAAACUGUUUGCCUGUACGGAGUGUGGGAAAAGCUUCUUCCAGAAAUGCAGCCUUCGGACUCACCUGAGAUCCCACCGGGGCAAAAAACCUCCCAGUGGCCAGGAAUGUGACAAUGUGACAGAAUAAGAUUGUCUGCUGAGAGUUGGAAUUUGGGGGCGGGGCACCAAUAUGUCCCUGCCCAGUUUUUCCCAGCAGUUUUCCACCAACCCCAUCCCUUGCCCCCUUCUGUUCUUCAAUUUGCUUAAAUGGGAGUUUGCCUUGGUGCCCAGCUCUGGGAGGCUAUUGCUAUUAAACACAACAGGACUAAGCCCCACCCACCAGCAGCAUGCAAGGCUCCUCCCACUGUCCCUCUGAAUAACCCCAAUGCCUACAGGUAAAAGUCUUAUGGGGUAAUGUAAUGAAAAGGUCUACAGUAUGCCCGCAUCUAGUGACCCAUAGCAGCCAAUCAAAUGUCUGUUUUAAAAUAGCUGCCCAGGAAAUGCUGCAUUGUGAUUGGUUGCUAUGGGUUGCUAGAAAGGUUGCAAACUUCUAUUAUGCUACAUUGCUGUUAGCGAUGCCACUUUAAUAGCUAUUUCAUUACCACAAGAGGCUACAGCUGCCCCACUGCCUUCUGGGAUAAAGGGACCUCUUCCCAAUAUGGUGGAAUCCACGGCCGAUGAACUGAGGGAAUGGAGUCGGUGCUUUCUCUCUAUUAUAUUUGAACUUUUUAUAUUUUAGCUACACAGGCAAUUAACCGUUUUGGAAUAAAGUUUAAUGUUUGGUGCA